UGCCUCGUCGCGCCAACCAGCCAGUGUGGUCCGGCAAAAGCUCUGUCAGGUGUGUCGAGAGUUUGCUAUGCAGGCGCCCACUGAGGAUGGCUUCAUUGCGCUCAGCCUGGUCCAGGACACACUGAAAGAUCGGGUCGAGCACAACCCCUUGGGUAGUGGCCCGAUCACCGAGACGGACAUUCUGGCUCUCUGUGAGACAGAGGGAACUAUGGCCAAUGGCAGUGGAAACUUUGACAUCCAAGAAGGCACUACUGGCAAGAGCAUCAGAUGGAACCCUGACAAGACACCUCAGGCUUAUGGUGGCUUUGGUGCACCUGGUCAGAUGACCAGCCCAAGCUCAACUUUUAGCCGCUAAAGGAUAUCUGGGCGACAGUGAUGUUUACGACAGAUGAUGGCUGUCACCUGUUAUUUUUCAGUCAAUGACCUCAGCCCAUCAGGAAAUGGAUGCAUACAUGGACAUCACAGAUUCAAAGUGAUGUCAUGGCGUCGCUGUGCAAUACCUGCCAGUUACCUGCUGUUGAUGCUGUUGAUUGACGACGGGUGUCUGUGUCCUGAAUCAACCAAGUACCUGUAUGAUCACCUAAAUAAGCAUACCUACUUAGGUACUUGUGAAGCCUCGACGUGAACCGACAUCCUCUUGUGGGAUAUGACUGUAACGCUAGUUGAAUAUCCAUAUGUAGCGAAAUGCAUGCAGUGGUUCAUACCGAACUCAA